AUGUCUGUGAACCGGGUCCACCACACAGACACGGAGCAGUCUGCGGACGACUCUGUGGAGUACCCCGGGCAGGAGGGCCGUGCCCGGGAGGUCACCGUGCUCCGGUCCAGCUGCUGCCGCUGCCUGCCCCGCGCCGUGCGCCUCACCUUUACGCCCCAGUCUUUGGAGCGGCUUUACCAGAACUACUUCCGCCGCCAGAGACAGGACAACCUGCCGGUUCUGGCCAUGUUCGCCGCCCUCUUCAACAGCUUCAUCAUCCUCAUGUGCGCGGUGGUGUACACCGAGGACAAGCUGGCCAUGGUGGUGGUGGCCGCCGUGGGCCUGGCCGCGGACAUCGUCCUUUACGCGCUGUGCUGGUUCCAGAAGCUGCCCGCGUCGCCGGUCUCCCGGGGAGCGGUGCCGUACGUCCUGUGGCUGAUGGUCACCGUGCAUGUGCUGUGUUACAUGGGACUCAACUAUGAGCGGUUCCAUCUCGCCGGCGACUCGGUGGGCUGGCAUGCCUUCUUCAGCUUCUCCAGCUUCCUGACGCUGCCCCUGAACCUGGUGCCUCUCCUGCUGCUCACGGCCCUCUCCUCCGGGAUAAACACCCUGGUGUUGGGGGUGAUCGUGGCCCAAAGGUUUGAGGACAGCCUGCAGGGGCCCAUGCUGGUGAGACAGCUUUUCGCCAACAUUAUGCUGUACCUGUGUGCAGCCAUGGUGGGCGUGAUGUCGUACUACAUGGCAGACAGGAAAUACAGAACGGCCUUCCUGGAAGCGCGUCAGUCGCUAGAGGUCAAACUCACCCUGGAGGAGCAGAGUACCCAGCAGGAGGAAUUAUUACUGUCCAUCCUGCCCAAACAUAUCGCUGAUGAGAUGCUGGAGGGCAUGAAGAACCAGGCCGAUCAGCAGGAAGUGCAGCAGCAGCAGUUCAACACUAUGUACAUGUACCGUCAUGAAAACGUCAGUAUCCUGUUUGCUGACAUUGUGGGCUUCACCCAGCUGUCCUCAACCUGCAGUGCCCAGGAGCUUGUGAAGCUGCUCAAUGAGCUGUUUGCACGCUUUGAUAGUCUGGCAUCGGAUCAUCACCAACUGAGGAUUAAGAUUCUUGGCGACUGCUACUAUUGCAUCUGUGGUCUUCCUGACUUUAGAGAGGACCACGCCGCCUGCUCCAUCAUGAUGGGCCUCGCGAUGGUAGAGGCCAUCUCGUACGUGCGAGACAAGACAAAAACCGAUGUGGACAUGCGUGUGGGCGUCCACUCAGGCAAGGUGCUGGGAGGUGUGCUCGGUCAGAAGCGAUGGCAGUUCGAUGUUUGGUCCACAGACGUCACCGUAGCCAAUAAGAUGGAGUCUGGAGGGAUUCCUGGGAGAGUGCAUAUAUCCCAGAGCACCAUGGACAGUCUGCAUGGAGAGUUUGAGCUGGAGACGGGGAACGGUGGAGAGAGGUGCGAGUACCUGCUGGAGAAAGGCAUCGAGACGUAUUUGGUUCUGGUGCCAAAACCGGUGGCAAGUGGACCGAAUGGAAAAUCACCCAGCAGACUGUCCAACAGAAAUUCAAACCAGUUGAUCAACACUACAGCGACCAAUGGGAACGCAGCCUCACCCCAGUCCACACCCACUGAGGGUAAACAGGAGAGGAUUAAGAUGGUUGAGGAGCAAGUGAUCAACAGGCGACUGCAGCAGGAGCUUCUGGAGAGAGAAUCCCGACAAAUAUUGAGGGAGCAUCAGAUCAACCCUGUGUCAUUGCGUUUUGUGGACGGAAAGCUGGAGGAGCAUUACUCCUCAGAGAAGGAGAAGCGGAGCGGAGCGGCCUUCUGCUGCUGCAUGAUUGUUUUGUUUUUCGUCACGGCAAUGCAGGUGCUCAUAGAUCCACAGUUGGCUGUGAACUAUGUGACUUUCGUAAUAGGAGAGGUUUUGUUGCUAAUCCUUACAGUGUGCUCCAUGGCUGCCAUUUUCCCCAAGAUGUUCUCCAAGAGGUUGGUUUCUUUCUCAACGUGGAUUGAUCGCACCCGAUGGGCAAGAAACACAUGGGCCAUGGCAGCCAUAUUUGUUCUAACCAUGGCUGUGAUCGCUGACAUGUUAAGUUGUGGCCCACCAGACAUCCGGGUCGUCAACAGCACCUCCGGCCCCAUCUUGGAGUCAUACGGUGACCAAAGUUGUGCAGAAAAUCCGAAGCACUACAGCUUCAUGGCCGUGAUGUCACUCAUCGCAACCGCCAUGUUGGUGCAGGUCAGCCAGCUGAUCAAACUGGGCCUCAUGGUGCUGGUUGUGACGGCAACUGGAGCCGUGAAUAUCUACAGCUGGAGGGACAUUUAUGACCUUAACGACUAUAUACAGUUUGCCUCCUACAGAUCGUCUAUAGUGCCGUCUAAGUAUCUGAUGACCAUGAUGAUUAUCUUCAUGAUGAUUGGUUUCUACUUCUUCGCUCACCAUCUGGAGCGUCAGUCCAGGAAGCUGUUCCUGUGGAAGGUUAGCGUCCAUGACCAGAAGGAGAAAGUGUUUGAGAUGAGACGCUGCAACCAAGCCCUGGUCAUCAACAUGCUGCCCGAACAUGUAGCCCAACACUUCCUGGGCUCUAAGAAGAGAGAUGAGGAGCUGUACAGUCAGUCUUAUGAUGAAGUAGGUGUGAUGUUUGCUUCCAUCCCCAACUUUUCUGACUUCUACACGGAAGAGAGCAUCAACAAUGGAGGCCUCGAGUGCCUCAGGAUACUCAACGAGAUCAUCUCGGACUUUGACAGCUUGCUGGACAGGGACGAGUUCCGCUUCAUCACUAAGAUCAAGACAAUAGGAAGCACCUACAUGGCUGCAUCAGGACUCACUCCUGAGAGCAACACCAAUGGCUACAGCAACCGCAAGCCAGAGGACCAGUCUCUGAUUCAGCGCUGGCAGCACCUCGCUGACCUGGCAGACUUUGCCUUGGCCAUGAAAGUCACCCUCACCAACCUCAACAAACAGUCCUUCAACAACUUCAUGCUCCGAAUUGGUCUGAACCAGGGAGGAGUUCUGGCAGGAGUGAUUGGAGCUCGUAAACCUCACUAUGACAUCUGGGGUAACACAGUCAAUGUGGCCAGCAGAAUGGAGUCCACCGGAGUGAUGGGAAACAUCCAGGUGGUGGAGACCUGUUACGACAUUUUGAAGGAGUAUGGCUUCCGCUUUGUCCGAAGAGGGCCUAUAUUUGUGAAAGGGAAAGGGGAGCUGCUGACCUUCUUCAUGAAGGGCAAAGACAAUCCCAAUAGCAAUGGCAUCCUAGGGACCACUGCUCUUCCACAUCAAGUUGGGGACGUUUCUUGA